UUGAAAUACUCGUUUUUCGAGAGUUCAUGGGAUCUCUUGAAUAUGGAUUCUAAUCACAUAUUAGCGAUUAUUGGCAUACGAUUGCAGAAGUGGAGGAAGACAAAACAAACGCUUCAACGCCGGAAAGUUGGAAAACGGAAUAUAUUGGAACUCAUUGCACUAUGGAAACUUCUAGUGAAGCGUGAAGAAGAACAUAGUCAGAGAAUAUGGGUUCGCCCAAUAUUCACACAAUUGCGAAGACAUAUGCAAGGAGCCAGUGACAAUUUGGUCAAAGAAAUGGAGCUACAAGACUUGGAAAUGUUCUACAAUUACUGUAGAAUGUGUAUAGAAAUGUUUGAUCAAUUGCUGAAUAUUGUUGGGCUUCUCCUUGAAAAACAGAUUGUUGUUCGAGAUCCAAUACCGGCACGUGCACGGCUUCUAGUAUGUUUGCGUUACUUAGCCUCCGGUGACAGUAUGGCCUCAAUAUCUUAUGCAUUUAGGAUUGGAAUAAGCACUGUUCCAAAAAUAGUAUCUGAGACAUGCGAGGUAUUGUGGAAUUCUCUCCACGAAUCUGUAAUGCCACCGACAAACGAAGAGAGUUGGUUGAGAAUCGCGGAUAAGUUUGAGGAAAAAUGGAAUUUCCCGCAUUGUAUAUGUGCGAUAGAUGGGAAGCACGUUGUGAUUCAGUCUGUCAGUCAUGUCAGCAAGCUUUGCUCGGUUUCCACCGCCAAUUUACUGUCGGGUUAUGUCGGCAACCUUUGCUCAAUUUUUGCCGUCAAUCUGCCAGCUUAA